GCUACCCACACCUACAAGUUCGACGUCAAGAUGACCUGCAGCGGCUGCUCCGGCGCCAUUGAACGCGCAUUGAAGAAGGCACAAGCUGACGGUAAGUCCCUGGCCCGGAGUAGCGAGAGCGUGGUGCUGAACGGGCCUCCGCGGACACUAGGUGUAGACUCCUACGAUGUAAGCUUGGAAAAGCAGGAGGUCAUCGUGAAGGGGUCGAUCCCGUAUGACACGUUGCUGGAGAAGAUCAAGAAGACGGGCAAGGAGGUGCGUGUGCGAGCUGACUAG